AUGGCAGAGGGAGCUGAUAGUAGAAUUUGUGAAACCUUUCAGAUCAGAGAGAAUUGUGGUUCCGUUCGGUCUGGAGGGCAAGAUGGUAAGCCUUCCUCGUUGUCGACUGAUUCUAAUGAUAACAGUAUGGGACGUAAUAUGCCUUCUUUGGACGUACUAUGUCAAUCGGCCCUCCAGGAAGCAAACAUUACAAAUGCAGACCGCAUACCUUGCAAGGAGUUUGGAACUCUUAGCCGAGAAGAUUGUAAAGAUGGAACCAACCCUAGCAGACCGUCCUCGGACAGUAAAUCUCACAUACUCGAAGCGAAAAGGAAGAAUAGUGAGGUUCAUGUUCGGCGUGUCAAUUCGUUGCGGACCAGCGGGAAUGGAACUCAGGAUAUUAGUACCAGCAUUGAGGAUGAAAACAAUGAAGAUAUUACAAUGGGGUUCAAAGCCUGUCCUAACCAAAGAACAAUUGAAGAACUGCAAGCAUCCUUUGGGAAAUUGUGCAGAAUUGGUACCAUGGGAGGCAUUACGUGGACAACGGAAAUCCCGACGAAAUCGUGUUGCCUUGUACUCGCGCACACUUAUCAUACCCAAGGAGCCAGGAGCACAAUUGAUGGUCAAGAGUCCAUGUCUCAGGUGUCAAAAUGUGUUGGACAAGAUGAAACACUUUGCAACAAUAAACUUGUGGUAGUUGAUACAUUUGCAAAUGAUUCUGACCGUCGUCGUCUUGCAUCUUUCAUUGGUUGUGAGCUUCCAAGUGAUAGUGGUGAUCCAAAGGGGCUUGUAUAUUGUUAUGGUCGUGUAUUUUUGUGGGAGGAUAUGUCACAAAUGUUGUGGCCAAUGGGAAAUUCUUUAGAAGAAGCAAAAUUGAACAAUGGAAAAGAUAACUUGUUCUGGGUUGUAGAGAAUGAUGGAAUUGUAUAUGAGUUCAAACUACCACCUGAACAUAUAUACACCACUACAAAAAAAGGAAAAAGCAAGAAAUCGAAGGAAAAAAAGCAUCGAAAGCAUCAUUAA